GAAAAUAGUAAUCCUAUUAGGAAACUUUAAUCCUAUAAUAACCUUCAUUAUAUAUCAGACUCCCAGUGAUCGCUCAAACCUCCAUAAAAUCUCACAUUAAUAGUCGUAUCCCAAGAACCCUAAUCCCAUCCCUUUUACAAGGAUAAUUGAUUCCCAUUACUGAAGACAAAACCCAAAUAUUAGAGCUUUCAUUUGUCAUCAUAAAAACCCUAAUUACGCAACAUUUUUCAACAACAUCCAAUCCCUAACAUAUUCCCCCAGUUACUGUCAAUGUCUUUCACACGUUCUCGUGUUGUUCGGUCGUCGAGCCAGGGAGAGAUUGGGCUGUUCAACCAUACUCUGCCGGUCGAGUCUCCGGUGUCUUCUCUGAGAGGAAAGGCCCUGCUCCCAUCACUACCUCAAAGACGGUUAAAGAGUACUCUCAGCCUCCAGUAUCGGCAGAGAAGCAGCAGACUCGCCGGUGUAUACUCACGUUGGGAUUGCCUGAGAGGGAGAGUAACGAUGCACGGCCGAAGAACAAGAAGCCUGGUACUGGGUUUGGAGAGUUUCUUAAAGCUUGUUUCUUGUGCAAGAAGAAACUCCUUCAGGACAAGGAUACUUACAUGUAUGGUCACCUAGGUGCAUUUUGCUCACCUGAAUGCCGAGAAUAUCAGAUGGAUUUGGAUGGGUUUGAUCAAGAAAUUGCUAAAGAAACAUCAGCAAGGUUGGAAACAGCAUUAGGAGGAAAGUUCUUCACAAAAGAAGUGCAGAAGCUGGGGUUUCGCUCUUAAGUAGUUUUAAAGUAAUAUGGACUGAAAGUCCAUUGUUUGCUGCAGAAGUGCCUAGCUGUAAUGUCUUUGCUUCCAGCUUUCACUUUUGUUUACCAAAAGGGUUGUGUGACACUAUUUUUCCUCAUAGCUGAUAUGUAAAUUUUCAAUUUAUUGUUUUACAUUACCGACACUUACAUUCUUUUAGGCUCUUCAAGGAGGGAUUGUACUCAAUUGCAAAAUCCAACAGAUAAAUUUUAUUGUUCGUUUAAUUUCA